UACUUCUCACUCUCCACUCCUCCAAUGCCUUUGCGAAAAAACAAAUCCACCAAAAAAAAAACUCUCUUCCUUCCAGAAUCUCUUUUAUUCUGCAUAUAAUCUUCGUAUGUAUAUUUUUCUUGGCUAUACAGAGAUUAGGAAGUGAUGGAAGUCAUGUGCGUCUCGUGGAGAAGCAGAAUCGGCUCUCCGACCAUAUUAGCAAACAUAAUUAUAGACUCAACACAUGAAAGCGAGAGAGCACCAGCAACAACUAUAAAUGCAGAAGCAGUUGCAACUCAUGCAAUAGCAUAAUGUCAAGUUGCAGCGAAGGGACCCUAACCAUCCUGCCCUUGGUGGUCCUAUCAAUGGUAUGAAGUAUGAACUCUGAAGGAAUGAUAGGGCAGCCAUCAACCAUCUGUACUUGUUGUAAGAAUGUACGAAGAAAGAAUUGAACACCCCCAUGCGAUGGAUUCCAAUAGGAUGGCCGUACUUAAGUCAGCAACGAAUCAGCAAGGUCAGUUAGCCCAAGCCCUAAGGCAACUCUGGGAACAUGUCUGUGGAGCAAAACAAAUGCAAGGAAGACCUCAAAUGACCACUGACAUCAUUCAAGAAGUUAAUAUGGGUGCAUCUCAGAAAUCUUUGCCAAUGGAUCCUUCGUUUGUUUACGGACAAGCAACUUUACAAUCAGAAUCUGGACUGGGUGGUGCAGAAAUGCAGAGGAGUCAGCUGAGCAUUUCCUACUUCACUACAAUGCAGCUUGGAGCAAAGUUGUGAAAUCCGUUCCGUACCGGCCGCUACGAACCGUACCAUUGCUUAAACAAAACACAAAGACUCAAGAUCCGUUCCGGUUAAAAUACCGGCCUGUUUCGGCCAAUACCGGACGAUACCGGUCUGUUUCGGACAUUUUCCGGUGUUCCGGACAAUACAAAAUUACCUUCUCUCUCUCUUUUUAUUUUUAUUUUUAUGACAUAAGUUGUGGACUCUAAACUAAUUAAAAGAAACUUAUAUAUGAUUUUCUUCGAUUAA